AUGUUUGUUCGGACGCGUUUCAGAAAAGCAUUUCACUUUCGAUCGUGCUUGGUUUCUACGAGCUUCCAUAUCUUUCCCUCCCGUAAGUUGUCAUUUUCGGCAUCACAGAAUGCCUUUCAAGUCCUUGGACUUCCACCCGGUAGUCCAUACGAGAAAGUCAAGCGAGCUUUUGUCAAACUAGCCCUAGAGAAACAUCCAGAUCAGGAAGGAGGGUCAGCCGAGGCAUUUAUCGCUAUUCGAGGAGCGUACGAGGCGAUACGGAAAGAGAUCAGUGAAGAUGAUUCGAGCGAGAAUCACGCGGACGACCCUUCUGCCUACUGGAGUCCAGCGGAGCUACAAGAAUGGUUUCAGCGAGAAACGGGCGCUUUCCUCUCCUUUGAAAUGUGCGAUAAGACCCGCAAAGAAGUGAUAAAUGUUUAUAAGACCAUGUCACACGGCGGGAAGGACAAGGGCGGCUAUUGGGAUAUGGCGCGAACGCUGGCGGAACAAGAAGAACGACGCAUGGCCAGUGGUACCCGCGAAAGAACUGGUGGGUUGCCCAGCCAGCUGAUUGGGCCACAAUCAUCGACAUUUAAUCGACGGAGGCGAAAGCGGUGA